AUGCAGCAGAGCGCUGUGUUGCACAGGCAUUACUUCUUAGACUUUCCCUUCCGACGGGAGCGAUUGCGGAGCAUACAGGCCUCAUGUGCUUCCUACAGUAGUAAUUGUUUUUUUGAUGAGAUUAUUAAUUUGUGAUCUGCUUGCCGCAGAUUUCGAUAGCUGAAAGAUGGCGACGAAGCGUGCUGCUGCACCGGCGGUCCGUGCUUAUACUGCUUUACGGAACGCAGCUCCUUAUUCGGCUCUAGCCAGGGGCCUACACGUCCGGAGGAAGAUAUCAUCUUGAAAGUGCUAGCAUGGUUGUACACAUCUAAUUGACUGAUAGAGCUGUUCAAGGCUACACCUGGUAGCAAGAAGAUUGUUGGCAUUUUCUACAAGGCAAAUGAGUACAUGCCUCAAUGAAUCCCAAUUUCCUUGGAUGUGUUGAGUGCGCUUUUGGCACACGUGGAUGGUUGGAAUCCCAGGGUCACCAGUACAUAGUAACCGAUGACAAAGAAGGACCCAUUGUGAGCUUGAGAAGCACAUACCCGAUCUUCACGUGCUGAUAACCACUCCUUUCCACCCGGCGUAUGCAACAGCAGAGAGGAUCAAGAAUGCGCAGCUGCUGCUCACUGCUGGCAUUGGCUCUGAUCAUAUGUCGAUCUCAAGGCAGCAGCAGCUGCUGGGCUUACAGUGGCAGAGGUCACCGGGAGCAAUGUUAUUUCAGUUUGCUCAAGACGAGCUUAUGAGGGUACUAAUACUUGUUCGAAACUUUGUUCCUGGACACCAUGAGGUAACUACCGGGGAAUGGAAUGUUGCAGGCAUUGCUUAUCGAGUUCAGGGGUCGGUUAACAGUUCAGGGGCGGUUGAUUUAUAUGAAAGUAGGAAGCCCAUUAAGGCCCAAUAGAGUGGGGAUGAGAUUUUUUAUAUCCAUCUAGGGUUUAAGAGCGCAUAGGUUUUGAACGACAGCUGCCAGAAAUGGCGUCAAAAUGUGCAAGGAAUCUCUUUCAACGAUCUUCUAGUUCGGCGAAAGCCUUGAUGCGUAGCGGCCAGUCGUCGUAUUCCAUUGCUGUCAGACCAUCGAAGCUGAAUGGGAUAGCAACUCCCGUCUUCCGCCUCUCGCCUCGCCACCGCCUUUUCGUCUCAUCCAGGCUACCAGUGGAGCUAGGGUGCGGAGAAUCGUUGAUGCCCCUGCAUUCAGUUACUGCAUCGGCAUUGCUACGGUCAAUGCUCGCUUCCAAGGUCAGACGCUGGGGUUAUCUAUCUGAAGAUGCAGCACAACUUGCUGAAAUGUUGCAGAAAGAAAAUUCUCCACAUGGUAAUCGCAUUGGCUACCUCGCUAGAGCUCAGACAGAUCAAAAUGUGCCAAUUAAGGCUGGAAGUGGUCAGUGUGAUAUUCUGUAAAUGAUGCCAGCUAAAGCCUGCCUGCCAGGUAUAUUUCUAAUUAAAUGCUUGAUGGUAAUUUAGUUUUUUCUUAUCUUUGAGGCGUGCUAUGAUAACAAUGGAUGUUGUGCUUUCUAGUCAAGAUUAUUGGAUUCAGGAGUAUUGGCUAUUGCUGAAUGGGAUCUCAUAAUUGAGGGGGUUCUGAAUAAUUGACGUGCUUGGUUGUAGUUUGAACCAAGGAAACUGUCUUUGGAGCAUGGUGGACGGACGGUUCAAUCUUUUUAUCAUUUGUAGCUCCAAUGCGCAAAGACUAGAGCAUGUUCUUCAUGGCAGAAACUUUCAUAAGCCUUUGUUUUGUGCUUUUCAAUGCCUAUUCCUAUUUCUAAUUUGUCCCUUUGGCAGGAUGGAAUACCUCGUGAGAUGUUCUUCUUUUC